AGAAAGAGGAGGAGGAAGAAGAGGAGGAAGGAGGGGGAGAAAGAGGAGGAAAGAAGAAGAGGAGGAAAAAGAGGAGGGCGGGGGAGAAAGGAAGAGGAAGAGGAGGGCCCGCGUCGGCUCACCUGCGCGUGACUCACCUGUCCGCUUGGCCGGCCGCCAACGCCACGCCAGUCCGCCCCGCCGCGGCCAGACGUGCGCUCAGAGCCGCAUCCCGGGGCGCCUGGCUCGGCCAGCCUUCCUCCUCCUCCUCCUCCUCCUCCUCGGGGCGCGCUGGUCUUGCCCGGCCCGGGGGUCUCGGGCGGCGGCAUGUCCGGCCGGGAGAGCGUGCAGAUCCCGGACGAUCGCGCCUUCGACCACUUCCGAACGGAAUGCAACUCGGAAGCCGGCUGGCACCUCACCUACCACCGAUCCGGCAUCGCCGUCUGGAUUCAGGUGCUGGAGGCGGAGAAGUCGCUGCACAAGAUCAAGUGCAGGAUGGAUUGCAAAGAGAUCUCCGCGGAAACGCUAUACGACGUGCUGCACGACAUCGAGUACAGGAAAAAGUGGGAUACCAACGUCAUCGAGACCUUCGACAUCGGCAAGCUGACCGUCAACGCAGAUGUGGGAUACUACGCCUGGAAGUGUCCCAAGCCCUUGAAGAACCGGGAUGUCAUCACGCUCCGUUCCUGGCUGCCGAUGGGCAGCGACUACAUCAUCAUGAACUAUUCGGUCAAGCACCCUAAAUACCCCCCGCGGAAAGACAUGGUCAGAGCCGUCUCCAUCCAAACGGGCUACCUGAUCCAGGGGAAAGGAGCCAAGAACUGCAGCCUCACCUACCUUGCUCAAGUGGACCCCAAAGGUUCUUUGCCAAAGUGGGUUGUGAAUAAAUCAUCUCAAUUCCUGGCUCCCAAGGCCAUGAAGAAGAUGUACAAAGCCUGCGUCAAGUACCCCGACUGGAAGCAGAAGCACAACGCCCACUUCAAGCCCUGGCUCUACCCCGAGCAGAACACCCUUCCCAGCCUGGCCCUCUCCGACUUGUCCAUCCAGCACGCCGACUCCCUGGAGAACAUUGACGAGAGCAGCCUGGCCGAGACCAAGGAGGAGCGGGCCGAAGGCAGCGACGAGGACAGCGUCAACUGAGGGCCCACCGGCCGGAGGGGGGGAGGAGGGGAGGGCGGGGAGAGCUGUGCCGCCCACCCACUCUCACCCCCCCCACGCCCCCCUCACCUGGGCUCCUUCUUGUCUGUGUCACUCCUGUGUUUGCAAAGGAGGCGGGGGGAGGGGGCGGCCUCACUUAGUGCCGGUCGUAGGACAGGAUUUUUCUCCUUCUCCGGAGGGAGGGUUAGGGAGUCGUGGGACGCUUCAGCCAGAGAGCCGGGUUUUCAGAGGAAGGCACCCCAUCUUUGCCGGCAGUUCCCCCUUCCCCCCCCCCCCUGCCAGACAGCCCCCCUCCCCCUGCGGCUGGUUUCCUUCCUGGCUUUUUCUGCAACUGCCACGUCCCUUUGACUGCACUUGGCGGGGGGGGGGGGAACCAGAGCCGGGGUCUUUCCAUGGGACCCCUGAGCUUUGCAGAUGAUCCGGAGGAAGAAGGACAGUUCUUCCCAUGAAGGAAGGCAUCGGCUGCUCCUUGGAGGGGUCGAGGAGGGGGGCUACCUUGGCAAGGAAAAAUCCCCCUCCCCCGUGCAGAGCCUUUUACCUUCCCUGGGGGGUGGGGGGGACAUGGGCGGAAGGCCUCCCCCCAGCAAGAUGAGGAAGACUGCUGGAUUUCCAAUGAGCGUUGACCAGGGGGGCCCUUGUGGGUGUUCCUACUUGAACCUCUUGGGUGUUGCGUUAUGGCUGCAUCCUACUGGACAGCAGCAGCUGAGCCCACCAAAAAGCCCCUACCCACACGACAAGAACCCCCCCACACACACACAGACACCCCGCCAAGGCCCUCUCCCCACCAUCUCUGGACCCAAGAAGGAGCAGGGUCCCCACCCCCACCCCGUGGGUCUCCCGGAGAGUCAACAUUCUGGGAUGGGCCAGGAUGGUUCUGCCCACAGCCCUGCCUGCCUUUCGCGUAGUGCCUCCCACAGGCAAAGCGCACGAAACGCCGCCAGAGCUUUGGGGGCAACAUCCCAACGGCUAUUUGUGCCCCGUGGAUGCCUCCCCCCCCCGUUCCCCCCCCCCAGUCUCGUGGAAAGCCCCGGCUCUCGGGCAGAGUCACUGGAACCUGUGGGUGGGCAUGACUUCUACCGUAGCACGUCUGCUCGCUUCCUUUCUCCCCUCACAGGUGGUCCUCGACUUACAACAGUUCACUUAGUGACCGUUCGGAGUUACAGCGGCACUGAAAAAAGGGACUUAUGACGGUUGUUCACACUUAACGGCCGUUGCAGCGUCCCUGUGGUCACGUGAUCCAAAUUCAGAUGCUUGGCGACUCACUCAAAUUUAUGACGGUCGUGGUGUCCUUGGGCAACCUUCUGACCGGCAAAAUCAACGGGGAAGCUGGGCUCGCUUAACAGCCGUGCUACUAAUUUAACGACUACAUUGAUUUGCUUAACAACGGUGGCAAGAACGGUCAUUCAAUGGGGCAAAAUUCACUUAACAAGUCCCUUGCUUUGCAACAGAAAUGUUAGGCUCAAUUCUGGUCGUAAGUCGAGGACUACCUGUACAAAGACGGGCAUGAAAUGCGACUUGGUUAUGGAAGGAGGAGGUGGACACCAACCUCCUUCUCAGGCUCUUCCCCACGGCUCCUCCGCCAGCAUCUGGCUGCCUUCUGUAGUUGCUGUGAGUUCUGCCCCUCCUCCAUGCCCUGGGUGGGGCCUUCAGCUUGGAGAGGGGGGCCUUCUGCUACUUUGGGGGGGCGGACAUCAGCUCCCUGCUUGGACCCUGCUGGUUUCAGCUGGACCCAGGGUGAGAAUGAGGGCUCCCCCCAAGAAGCAAAGGUCCUUCUGGGCCCGCUCUCGGAGAGGUAGGGAGAAGGAGAGCCCAUCCUGUAGAGUGGGGGGGGGGGUCUCCAUCCUUGGCAAAUUUUACGACUUGUGGACUUCAACUCCCAGAAUUCCUCAACCGGCCAAGGUGGGGGAGCCCCACUGUAGAGCAGGGGUCUCCAACCUUGGUCCCUUUAAGACUUGUGGACUUCAACUCCCAGCUUUGCUGGCUGAGGGAUGCUGGGAGUUGAAGUCCACAAGUCUUAAAGGGACCAAGGUUGGAGUCCCCUGCUGUAGAGGACAUCUCCAUCACAUUGCAUCAUUCAUGAUCCCUGAGGUCUUCAGGCUCUUGUCCAACGGGCAGUUGAAGCUGCCAGAGAUGGAGGCACCAUGUUCUGAUGGUGUGACCGAGCAGAAGGUGCCAAGAGCCUUCUCUGGCUGCCAGAUGGGCCACGUCCAAGAGCAGAGUCACCUGUCCACCCUAAACUGGUUGCAGCUGGACACCUUCUGCUGUGCUCCUCUUCCUCCCAAUGAAAUUGAGCUGGGUGUGUGUAGCUGUGUGUCAGCAGAUUUUUUGUGUGUGUGUGGAGGGGGAUGAGCUGGCUACAAAACAAGGGGACACCUUCCCAGUCAGGCCAUCUUGGGCCAAUCCAGGUGGGAAAGGCCAGGUCUACAGGUGAAGGUUCAAUGAACCUGAUUUAUUGCUAAAAGCCUAGGGAACCUUCUCAGCUCACAGCCAGCCCCUGCUAGAGUCAAGAGGGUUCAAGUGAAAUUGGACUUAGUUUGCGGAUAUGUAAGGAUUCUAGGCUGCUGCCUCUUUUGACGCCCGCCCCCAGUUCUGCCAUUCUUUCCCUUAAACCAAGUUUGGAAAGGCAGCUGGGGGCAACCGAGACAACUUUUCCACCUUUGUUCCGGGAUUAUUAAUACUCUUUCUGUGCUGGGGGAAACCUUGCCUGGUGGGGGAGCCCCUAUCUCGGGGGUCUAGCAGCAGGAGAUAUUGGGGGGAUGCUUUCCAUGGGACCUCCCCUCUCUCCCUUUCUCUCGCUCUUUCUCUCUUUUUCUUUCUCUCUUUUUCUCUUCCUCUCUCUUUCCCUCUCUUUCUCAUUCUCUCUCUCUUUCUCGUUCUCUCUUUUUCACUAUCUAUCUAUCUACCUACCUACCUACCUACCUAUCUCUCAUUCUCUCUCUUUCUCUCUUUUUCCUUUUCUUUCCUUUCCGCUUCCCUUUCCCUUUUUCUCUCUUUCUUUCUCUCUUUCUCAUUCUCUCACUCUCACUGCCCCCUGCUGAGUCUGGAAGGCUACUGGAGCAAGAAAAGUGAGAUUUGACUAGCCUUAAACUGUAGGAUUGUUACUGUAGCUUUCAGGGGCUGCUUUCCCUAUAGCCCCUUUUGCAUUUCGGGAGGGGGGGGAGCGGGAUUUAAAAAAAAGCGGGAAGGGGAUUUCAUAUCUUGUUACUGGACCAUUUGUUUCAAAAUAAACGGAGUUCAAAUUCUUUGAGUGUCUCACUUGCAAAAGAGGUGGAGACGACACGCUGCCCUGGAAGAUCAGGAGAAAAAUGUCCUUUAACGAGUGUCAGGAUUCGAAUGAGGGGCCAGCAGGUGAUAGCAAAGCCCAUGGAUCUGUCUUGCUGCCCAAAGUGUUUCUCAACCUUAUAGAAUGAUAGAGUUGGAAGGGACUAGAAGGGUCAUCUUUGCCAGUGUUUCUUGGCCCCUUUAAGAGGGGGGCAACUACAACUCCCAGAAUUGACAGAGAAGGUGGAUAUGGCUGGGGAAGAGUUGGAAAUGGGAAGAGUUGGCGGUCUAUUACAUAUAAACUAGGAUGUCCAACUGUGGCGACUUUAUGACUUGUGGACUACAACUCCUAGAAUUCCCUAGCCAGCUCUUCCAACUUCCCCUAACAAGACCUAUAUCCUCCUCCUCCUCCUCAUGUCUGGAGAAUUCUUGGAAUUGUAGUCCCCACCUCUUAAAGGAGCCAAGAAACACUGGACUAGACCCUUCUCAUCCCUCCAUCAUUCUACAAGGUGGAGAAUUCUGGGAGUUGAAGUCCACAAGUCUUAAAGGCGCCAAGCUUGGUAUAUAGACUGCAUUGGAGAGAUGCUCACACAAUAGCGACACAAUAAUGCCAAAUCUUCAUCAAUUGUUUUUAAAAUAUUUUAACAAUAUGUUUCGAAUUGUGAGCCUCCCGGAGUCGUUCGCUGAGAAGGGCAGCUAUAGAA